AUGUCUCUUCGAGCUAGCCGAACUGUUUUGAACGAGGCCAAGAACUACGCUUCGUCUCACAGCUAUACGUACAUCGAGGGCAAGACUCCCUUCUGGCGCAAAUUCCGUCAGGUCUUUUCGGCCAACGCGGAGAUCUCAUCCGGCAUCCCGUCGAUCGAGUUGAACCGAUGGCCUCAACCGGGAUCUCGACCGGAGCGCUCUGCGACACCUCCGAGCGCCGCCUCUGAUCCUGCGGGCAACUUGUACCACAACCGAGACUUCCGACGAAAAUACCCCAAGCUCGAGAUGAUCACGCAGAAGGACCUCACCAUGCUCCUUCUGUCUUCGCCCAACGAGGAUGGCACCCGAAGCCUGCAGGCGCCCGAGGACGCUUCGAACACCACCGCUCUCACGCGUCCGGCUGAUCUGGAAUCGCCCACCGCUUUUACUGACGUGCUCGCCCAAGUGCACAAGGCGUCGGAUGCCUCGUCGACCGGCUUCUACUCGGCUUCCAACCUUCCACCGCGCCCUCCUUUCAAGCAGCCUCACCACAUCCUCAAGCUGCAAAAGGGUGCUGUUCCGCACGACCCUCACGCAUACUACCCUGCUGAGAACUACGCCUAG